CCCCUGACACUCCACCGACAAAUGUGCUCUGGAUACUCACACAAAAUCAACAAAAUGAAAUUGUUCAUCGUAUGCUGUUUGGUGGCCGGUGCCUUAGCCGCCCCUCAAAACUACUACCAAGGUAAUUACAACCAAGGACAGUACCAAUAUCAAUCCAAGAACAUCGUACCAAUUGUCUCCGAAACCAAUGAAGUGAAUCCAGAUGGCUCCUACCGCUACAGUUACGUAACCGGUGAUGGACAACAAGCCCAAGCUCAAGGAUAUCUGAAGAAUGCAGGAAACCCUCAAACCGAAGCUCAGGUAUCACAAGGUUCUUACUCUUACACCGCUUUGGACGGUACUCCCAUCACCGUAAACUGGGUUGCCGAUGAGAACGGUUUCAGGGCUGAAGGUGCCCAUCUUCCAACUCCACCACCAAUUCCAGAAGCCAUCCAAAAGUCGCUCGGACUUGUCAGCCAAAACCAGAGGUUCCCAACCCACCAUCAACCUCAAUACAAUCAAUACAACCAAGGAAGAUACUAUUAGAUAUUAUUAUGUUUUUCGAUAACAUUCUCAACAUAGUUAACAUUCAUGCUCAGGCUACGUACCGUAACAAAUCUGAAAUUUUGAUACCAGUUUUUUUAUAUGUAA